UUGUACGGCCAAAAUCCAUGAAAUUUGGCUUCAACUUGUUUAUAACAUACAGUGUCGUCACUGUCAAACAAAUCAUGGGGGAGGGUUUUUCUUAUCCAAACAAAUAUCUUAAGGAACUUCCUUCUUUUUAUCCUUUUAGAUUGUUUCUUUUUUAAUGUUCUUUUGAUUUUUUGCAUUAAACAAAGAAAUCCAAUUCUCUCCUCUGCCCUUAUAAAUAAGUGUAUUGUGAAAUCGCCAAAGUCCCAUGACAGCUAUAACCCUUAGCACCCACACACACAACCUUCCUACACUAAAACUUGCCUACCUUUCUUUUGUACUUGAUGGACAGAGUACGAGAGCUGGCAUCGAAGAAGGCCGCGGUGAUAUUCACCAAGAGUUCAUGUUGCAUGUGCUAUAGCAUCAAGACACUUUUUUAUGAGCUUGGUGCUAGCCCUGCAAUCCAUGAGCUCGACCAAGAUCCGUACGGGAGAGAUAUGGAGAGGGCUCUGCGAGCUUUAGGAUGCGAUCCCUCGGUCCCUGCCGUGUUCAUAGGUGGAAGAUUUGUAGGCUCGUCGAAGGACGUCAUAUCGCUUCACGUGGAUGGAUCGCUGAAACAAAUGCUCAAGGAUGCAAAGGCCAUCUGGUUCUGAUAUAAUGAAAAGUUGGCAAACUUAGUACCCCACUGUCACAAUAAUAAAUCUAACACCUUGUUGAAAGGGGCUUUGCUUUUUCUUGAGUUCCUUGAAUACAUUUGUAUGAGAAAAAAGAAAAAAACAGUUAAUGUAUUAUGUACAUAUUAAAUGUUUACUGGUGCUUUCUUCCA